AUGAAUCAAGAAUCCAAACAGAAGAGAAAAUUGGAGAUAGAUGGCAAUGACACAAUUGGUGUAGAAAACAUGAAAACGGCAGUUUCCAAACUUACGGUGGCACAACAGAAACGUCCUAUUAUUGUACCCGUUGUGAAACCGAAAAUUCAUUACGUCCCUUUGAAAACUGGAUUGUGUUACGAUGUCAGAAUGCGAUACCAUGCCAAAAUAUUCACAUCAUAUUUUGAAUAUAUUGAUCCACAUCCUGAAGAUCCGAGGAGAAUUUAUCGUAUUUACAAAAUAUUAGCUGAGAAUGGAUUAAUUGAAGAUCCGACUUUAAGUGGUGUAGAUGAUAUAGGGAAUCUGAUGUUGAAGAUCCCGAUAAGAGAGGCUACUGAGGAUGAAAUCUUACUUGUUCACUCAAAGGAACAUGUGGAGUUUCUUAAAACAACAAAUACCAUGAGUCGCGAGCAAUUGCUCAAGGAGACUGAGGCUGGUGAUAGUGUUUAUUAUAACAAUGAUUCUUUAGUAAGCGCUAAACUUUCAUGUGGUGGUGCCAUCGAAGCGUGUAAGGCGGUGGUAGAAGGCCGCGUGAAGAAUGCAUUGGCUGUUGUCCGCCCUCCUGGCCAUCAUGCAGAGCCGGAGGUCGCCGGUGGCUUCUGUCUAUUUAGUAACGUUGCUGUGGCUGCACGAAAUAUUUUGAAAAACUAUCCAGAAAGUGUACGGAAAGUUAUGAUUUUAGACUGGGACAUCCAUCAUGGCAAUGGUACCCAACGGGCUUUUUAUAACGAUAACCGCGUGUUAUAUGUCUCUUUGCAUAGAUACGAGUUGGGUAGAUAUUAUCCUGGUACCGAGUAUGGUAAUUAUAAUCAAUCUGGGGAAGGGAAAGGGGAAGGGUUUAACUGUAAUAUCCCAUGGUCCUGUGGAGGCGUAGGUGAUGCUGAAUAUAUGUGGGCUUUUGAACAAAUAGUUAUUCCAAUGGGUCGUGAAUUUCAACCAGAUCUGGUGAUAAUAUCAUCUGGAUUUGACGCUGCGGAUGGGGAUACAAUAGGUCAGUGUCAUGUAUCGCCAGCUUGUUAUGGCCACAUGACACAUAUGCUAAAGUCCUUGGCUAAGGGAAACAUGUGUGUCGUUUUAGAAGGGGGCUACAAUCUAGAUUCAAUAGCUAAAAGUGCUCUUGGAGUUGUAAAGGUAUUGAUAGGCGAGCCUCCUGAUGAAUUGCCAGAUCCUUUUAAGCAGCCAAAACCGGAAGCUAUCGCUACUAUAGAGACUGUAAUAAGAGAGCAAGCGAAAUAUUGGGAUUGUUUUAAGAGUAAACACGGUAAUUGUGGCGUUAACUGGAAGGAACCGGUUGAUGAGUCGUUAACCUUCAAGAACUUCCCAUUACAGAGCGCAGUUCGCCAAGAACAGUUUAGAAGGCUUUCAAAAGAAUACAAGUUUGUCACACUCCCAUUAUUGGAUAUGGAACUAUCAGGAGAUACCAUUAUAUGUUCACCAAAUAUUCAUGAAACGGAUACUUUAAUAAUAUGUGUACACGAUACUCCUGAGGUAUGGGCAAAGCGUAAUCCUCUAACAGGAUAUAUUGAUCCAUCUACUUCCAUUAUAGUAGAUACGACGUUGUCAAUAACCAACUGGGCUUUAGGUAGAAGUUAUGGCAUUAUUGAUAUUAAUAUCCCACAAUCUUUAUUUGAGUUGGACAAUUAUUCUGCUGUUCUUACGUCUCAAGAAGUUUUGUCGUAUCUAUGGGAUCACUACUUAAAAUUUUUUGCACAAUUAACGAGAGUUGCAUUUGUUGGGAUUGGCGAUGCUUACAGUGGCUUUGUUCAUUUAUUAGGCCACAGGGACACCAGAAGUAUUGUAAAAUGUGCUAUAUCUUUUACUGAUAAGAAGCAGCUAAGGCCUUUAGUUCCAUUAGUAGAUGAAUCUAUAAGUGAUUGGUACUUCAAAAACUCAUUAAUAUUCACUAGCAAAUAUCAUUCCUGUUGGGGUACUGAAGGUAAUGACUCUAAAAAACCAAGAAAGAAAUUUGGUAGAGUUUUAAAGUGUAACAGUGAUGGUAUGAACAAUAUCUUGGAGGAGAGGUUUGAAGAAGCAACUGAUUUCAUUUUGGAUUCCUUUGAAGAGUGGAGCGAUUCUGAAUAA